UUCUCACACAGAUAGGUGCGUCUGGUUCUUUCUUGCACAAAGACGAGGAGGUAAAACAUGGCGCCGUUCAACCACAUAACAAUCGGCAGAGCUUUCGUUCUCCUAGUUUGCUUUAUUGGACUGUUUCCCAGUACAAAUGCAACCAUGAAGUGUUACGAGUGUGAAGGCAUGACCGCAAGCGACUCGUGUGCCACCAAUGCGAGUAAGGCAAAACAAGUGAAUUGUGGAGGUUUAAAUUUAAGCAAGUGCAGCAUCACUCGUGUCUCUAACAGCAAAACGAACACACUGGAAAAAAUUAAGCGCGAGUGCCAUAUAAAUGUGCUAAACCUUGGGAAGACGGGAUGCGAAGAGAAGGAUGGAAAAAAGACCUGCACAGUGUUUUGCGACAAAAAUUUAUGUAACGAUAUUGAGGAGAGCAAGGUGGACGAGUGUGCCGCAAAUAACUGUAAAGGAGCGGCCACUUCCACACGCCCGACGUACUAUCUCUUCACCGUAAUUAUGAUGACUUGCCUAAAGAUUGUCUUCUGAUUGAAGACAAACAGCAAUGAACUAAUUCAUUGUAAAGUUUCAUUUUAAUAGAAUAAAACUGAAGCUCUUUAAUAUACCCGUAUAAUAGAUAAAGUCUAUCAAUGUGUACUCAUGCGCAAACAUGCAAUAAGUUGGCAAAACUGUAAUGAUUUUUGUUGAUUUAACAUCGUUAGGCUAGAGUAAUGACACACUGUGACACACCUGUGUGGCCAUUUAUCCUAUGUAGAAAGUUCUAAGCAUACAGCUACGUCAAGUAAUUUCACGUGAUAAUCACGAAGAAAAGAAAUCAAGUAGGCCAUUGGCCGAUAACAGAAAACAAAUGGUAAGUUUUGUUCUGAUGACGCCAUGCACACCUGCUCUUCCAUAGAUAAUUCUGCCCCUUCCCUUUCUUACAUUUCUACGUUUGUAGAAAAUGCUGUUCAUAUAUCUGAAUCCCUUUAUAUCUGAAUCAUUGUACAGUGUAGCGUAACCUUGUCCAAAGUUGUUAAAUAUUAAUUCAUAAAUCAUAUGUAAAAUAAUAAUGUUGGUAUCUUAUAAUAAGCAAAUACUAUUUCACAAUGUAACUCUCUUGGCUAAUUUUGUUAAUAAAACUCAGAAAUUACGAA